UCGUGCGUGGAUUAUGGCGACGUCCCUGGGCUCAAACACCUACAACAGACAGAACUGGGAAGAUUCGGACUUCCCUAUUCUCUGUCAAACAUGUCUUGGGGAAAAUCCAUACAUUCGCAUGACUAAGGAAAAGUAUGGCAAGGAAUGCAAGAUAUGUGCACGUCCCUUCACUGUUUUCCGCUGGUGUCCUGGAGUACGGAUGCGCUUUAAGAAGACUGAGGUGUGUCAGACCUGCAGUAAGAUGAAGAACGUCUGUCAGACAUGUUUGCUGGACCUGGAGUACGGUCUUCCAAUCCAGGUCAGAGACACGGGCAUGUCCAUCAAAGAUGACAUGCCGAGGUCUGACGUGAACAAGGAAUAUUACACUCAGAACAUGGAGAGAGAGAUCCAAAACUCAGACGGUACCAGACUGGUAGGGAUGCUGGGUAAAGCACAGAACCCCAGUGACAUGCUGCUGAAGCUGGCGCGACCCACGCCAUACUACAAACGCAACAGACCCCAUAUCUGCUCCUUCUGGGUGAAGGGAGAGUGUAAGAGAGGAGAGGAGUGUCCCUACAGGCAUGAGAAACCCACAGACCCUGAUGAUCCUCUGGCCGAUCAGAACAUUAAAGAUCGUUAUUAUGGCAUCAACGACCCGGUGGCGGAUAAACUUCUGAAGAGAUCAUCCAGCAUGCCUCGACUGGACCCGCCCGAGGACAAGUCCAUCACCACAUUAUACAUUGGGGGACUGGGAGAAAGCCUCACUGACUCUGAGCUCAGAAAUCAUUUCUACCAGUACGGUGAGAUCCGUACAAUCACGUUGGUUCAGCGGCAGCAGUGUGCGUUCAUUCAGUUCGCCACGCGACAGGGAGCAGAGCUCGCAGCAGAGAAGACCUUCAAUAAGCUCAUCAUUAACGGCCGCAGGCUGGCGGUGAAGUGGGGCCGAUCACAGGCCGCUAAAGGGACGGAUGUCAAGGACGGGUUCGAUGAGAUGGGCACCGGACUAGAACCAGUACCUGGUCUCCCUACAACUCUACCGCCACCCCCUGCUCUGGAAGAGGAAGCACCUGCUAACUACUUUAACCUGGACCCCAGCAGCUCUCCUGCGCUCAUGAACAUCAGUCUGCCACCUCCACCCGGACUCUCAAACCCACUGCCACCAGGUUUUGGAGCGCCCAUGUUCCACCCCAUGGGCCCUCCUCCACCUCCUCCGAUGGCUUUGAGACCUCCAGGCCACAUCCAUUAUCCUUCCCAGGAUCCUCAGCGCAUGGGUGCGCAUGCUGCCAUCCGCCACAGCGAUUGAUCGACUCGUCAUGUGAACUAGUAAAGAUUCUCUCACUGCUGUGGGUUAAUGAUCUAUGAAGGUGAAGUCAUCAGAGGGUGGAGUCUGAUCUGUGACGUCAUACAGAGUGAUUGACUGGUACACUACGGUAUGGUCAUGUGAUUGGGGUUACUAUUGUAAGUGCAGUUCCACAUCAUCAUGCCUCAGUCACAUCAUAUAUACAGACACAGCUUACCAACAAAUAGGCCCUUGUUAUAAAGUUGACCCAUCUUACGCCAGACACACACUCUGCCUCCUCGUUAUCAUAAGCCGCCUUGUUUAAAACAUCAUCGUGCUAAAUCUGUGGGCUUUUUGUUGAGACAAUACAUCUCACGCUAACUUGAGUUUACAUUGAAAACGAAGGGCCGUUUAGGACUUUUUGCAGUUUGACAUGAAAAAUUUAACCCAUUUCCCCCCAAAUUGUAAUUACAGUUGUGCAAAAAAUCAUUUUUACUCAUUAAAGUAAGCAUAAUGAGUCAGUUGUUGCAUUACGGUAGAUUGCUGACAAUUUGGGGAGAUAAUUAAUUCUUAAUUCGUGCAAAUGUUUAUGGUGCUAAAAUAGGCUUCAUUUUC